CGCCACGCAUGCGCCAACUCGACUAUGUUUCCGGUACGGACGAUGAGGUGAUAAACAAAUUAAAUUUUUUUUAAAAAAGAGUAUAAAAGACAUAUGUAUGAAUAUCUACAAAGGUGUAGUAGAAGAGGAAGUAAACGGUGAACAAGAAGCAAAAGAAGAAAGUAUACACCGGAUCCCAGAUGGACGCGGAGUCUCAGCGAGUAGUGAAGUAUUUAUCAGAGGUGGAAGAGGCAGUUGAGGAUGUCCUUACAACUAAACAACAGAUGGUUGACCUGGACAUGAAGAGAAACAAGAACAGAGAAGCACUCAAUGCCUUGAAAGAUGAAACAAGUUCAGAAAAAGUGAAGGUUUGUUUUGGAAACAUGUUCAUCAAAUUCCCCAAGUCCAAAGCAAGAGAAGUCAUCCAGAAAGACCAGGGAGAGCUGGACAAGGAACUCAAUAAGCUUCACACCACACUAAAAGCUAAAGUCAACCAGCUCAAUGAGAUGCAAGGGAAACCUGAGCUGAGAGGCUACAAGCUUUCACCUCUGUCCACCGACGAAAUGAAAGCCAUUAAUAGUCUUUUAAAGAGGUGACCAUGACAUCCUCGAACUGACUUGCUGUUUUUCAUUCACAUCCUGAUCAUGACUGUUUUCUUAAAGACUCUCUGUAAUCAAGUAUUCAUGUACAUAGAGCAGGGAAAACAAGUACACGGGAACCUCGGUUUUCGGUAUUAAUAUCUUACAAAAUGUUAAAUGAAAAAAACGAAUCGUACAAAAUCCAAAGUGAUUUUUCCCAUAAGAAAUCACGUGAAUUCAAUCAAUGUGUUCUAGACACCCAAAUAUAUUUUAUAGAGGAUAAUGUUAGAUUUACAUGCAUAAAAUGUGAAAUACAUAUAAAUGAUGAAUGAAAUGUAUUAGUGAACAUUUAACAUUACUUGUAUCUUUUAUUGAAGAUUCUUGUUAGCAAAGACGGCGAUGAGUGGAGAGGUAGAGAAGAGCCACUUUACUACAAGUUAUCUCUCGAACUCCAUAGUGUUUCUCACCUUCUUUAUCAAAGUGCUGGCACACACAACUUUCUUUGGCCCCAUGGUGGAUUAUUUUACAGUUGUACUCAAUAAAUAUAAAAGUACAGAAA